GUGGCUAUAUGCUCACUUUUUGCUAUGCAAUUCGGCGUUUAGUAAAUACACCCCCAGUAAUGGUACUAGGCCAGCUCUGACAUGGAAUGAGAUCCCGGGGACAGUGACUGCCAGCUUGCUGACUGAUACUCCGUGUCUCCGUGAGCGCCAGGCCGGCCUAUCUCGGUCACUGAGCAGCCCCGCUCUCGGGUGCAGGCGUGGGCGGGCAGAGGCGGGGGGCAGCGCGGCUCGGGGAGCUAGGACAGGCCGCGGGCGGAGAGCAGAGCACAGGCCGCCAGCACUGCCCGGGCCACGAUGGACAGAGCUCCGGCGGGGAGCCUGCAUGCAGCCGCCGUGCUGCCAGCGGGAGGAUCUGGAGAGAGGCUGGGGGGCUCCAUCCCCAAACAGUUCUGCACCGUGCUGGGGAGGCCCCUGAUCUGCCACACCCUGGAGUCCUUUGAGAGGGUCACUUGGAUAAAGGACAUUGUGGUGGUUGUCGCAUCAGAAAAUCUUGACUUAAUGAAAACAAUUGUUAAUAAAUAUGGCCACAAACGUAUCACAGUGGUGGUAGGUGGAGAGACACGCCACAGGUCAAUCUUCAAUGGUUUAAAAGUCUUCCUAGAUGGCCAAUCGCUGGGUUCUGUGAUUCAGAAACCAGAAGUGGUGAUUAUCCAUGAUGCAGUACGGCCUUUUGUGGAAGAAGAUAUUCUCUUACAAGUAGCUUUAUCAGCCAGACAAUAUGGGGCUGCAGGAGCUGUUCGUCCACUGGUAUCUACUGUAAUUGCUUCCUCCCCAGAAGGAUGUUUGGACCAUUCCCUGGAAAGAGCUAAAUACAGAGCAAGUGAAAUGCCACAGGCAUUUUUAUUUGAUAUCAUUUAUCAAGCUUAUCUUAAGUGUACUGAAUAUGACCUGGAUUUUGGAACAGAAUGUCUUCAUUUGGCUCUGGAGUACAGUAACACGAAAGCCAAACUUUUGGAUGGACCACCUGAUCUUUGGAAGGUGACCUACAAGCGUGAUUUAUAUGCAGCUGAAUCAAUGAUUAAGGAACGCCUAUCUCAGCACCUCUGCAUUAUAACUAAUAUAAACGAAGAAGCAAUUGAAGUAGGAUUUCAACUUCAUGAAAAUCUGAAGCAGCACAUCAGUCAUGUGAAAGCAAUUUCAUUAUCAAUGUACCAAACGGUUCACGAUUUACAGAACAUAUUUCACGGGGAAUGCUGUAACUUCAUUUGCAUAAAUGUGAAAGAGUCUGAUUUGGAGGAAACGCGUAAAUUGGUAGAUUUACUUCAAAAUGGGAAAGUUACCACUUCCUACCCAUUGGUUGUUAUUUCGAUCCAGUUAACUGUUCCAAAUUGUUGUAGCAGUGAUACACAAACACUAACUGGAAUCCGUCAACUUGCAAAGGAAGCAAAAAAGUCGAACAUUUUGGUGUAUGGACUACUGAUAGCCUAUUCUAAGGAUGCAUCUCGACUUCAAGAAUCUGUAUGUGAAGGAUCAUCCAUCAUCACUGCACUGAUUAAAGUUCGAAACCCAGCACUCCUUGGGCAGAUUAUGACUGUAUGAAAGUAUCAAAAACACAUAGUUCCCAUGUGCUCAAACAUGAU